AACAUUACCGUAUAACUUGCAAUGACCAAAACAUCCCUGAAUUAAUGCAGAAAUUCCUACUUGUUCUUCAAGAAGAGAACCCUGCCAUCUUCUUCAAUCUUUGGUUACCAAAACAGAACAAGAAAAACACAUAACAGAAACCGAUCCACAAAUAGAUCAACAACAAUGGAGUGCGUGUUUGGACUAGUAGGCAACGGUUUCGCGAUAGUUGCGGCGGACACAUUGGCCGUAAACAGUAUCCUCGUACACAAGUCUAAUGAAGACAAGAUCAUGAUCCUGGAUUCCCACAAGCUCGUUGCCGCUAGCGGCGAGGCCGGCGACAGAGUUCAAUUCACGGAGUACAUACAGAAAAACGUGGCUUUGUAUCAGUUUCGCAAUGGAAUUCCUUUGACAACUGCGGCUGCUGCCAACUUCACUAGAGGAGAGCUAGCUACUGCUUUGAGAAAGAAUCCAUACUCUGUGAACAUCCUUCUGGCUGGCUAUGACAAUGAGACUGGCCCUUCUCUCUACUACAUCGACUAUAUUGCUACCCUUCACAAGGUUGAUAAGGGAGCUUUUGGAUACGGGUCUUAUUUCUCUCUCUCCAUGAUGGACAGACACUACCACAGUGGCAUGUCAGUGGAAGAAGCAAUUGAUUUAGUUGAUAAGUGCAUAAUGGAGAUACGUUCUAGGUUGGUUGUGGCACCACCAAAUUUCGUGAUCAAGAUUGUUGACAAGGAUGGAGCCAGAGAGUAUGCAUGGCGUGAAUCUGUCAAGGACGCUGCAGCAGCCUGAGUUUUUCUUCUUUGGGCAUCCGUUUCUUGUUUUAUGUUUAAGUUGACUGGCCGAUACUGAAUGAUUUAAUCAAUUGGAUCAGAAUUCAGGACUAAUUUCAAAUUCUUUCUUUGUACCUGUUGUUAAAGAUUACUUUGUUUAUAUUCUUGAGAAGUUGUAAAUACAGCUUCUGAACUAAGCUCUCUCAA